AUGACACUUCCAACGAUGUUUAUUAGUUUCCAAUAUAAUCACACUAUAACCUGUGUUUUCAAGUAUAAAUUGAAUGCAUCGACAACGGAAGAGUGCUCCAAGUACAUCACACAGCCAAAACCAGCAGACUAUGGUACUUACGUGGGUUACUUUGCGCCUCCGUUUAGUUUAAAAGUAAUACCACCUGAAAACUCAGAGGAAGGGAUUCGGGGAGUAUUGUUUUCAAUGGCUAUUACUGAUGCGAGACCGAUUGAUACUACUAUUCAUCGAAUGGUGCUUCUUCUUCUUGACACUGAAACCUAUGUAAAAGCAGACAACAAGUCCAUUGACGCAGCCAGAAAAAUUGAUCCAACUUUUGUCAACUCUGUGAUGACACAAACGGACUAUAUAAUUUUUUAUCGCCAAUCCAAUUACUUGACUUACACUCGAAGUGUGAGGGGGAUUAUUAAACCCAAUAUACUCGCCGACUUUGGUUUUUCGCAAACAAUUUAUAUAUCUUAUUUGAAUACAGCAUUGACGAGCGGUCCAUUGGCUGAAAAUUAUAAUAUAAUAAAACCAAAUAUAUACGGAACAGUAGAUAUAAAGCCUAGCAGUUUCCUUGUCAGAACAGACACGGAGAGGCGAUCAAAUACGGUGCUCGGCUCAUUGGGUUUACUUGGUGGUGCAUGGAGCCUUGCCCUCAUAGCGUACGCUACUCUAUUUGGCAGUAAAUCUCUAACUCCGUGGGGUUUAAUCCAUUCAUACUGUUGCUGCUUUGUUCGAUCAACUCGUUCACGAUUUCGUGAAUCAUUCUCCACAAUACCACUACAAUCUUCCAGUUCAUCGACAUCGGAUUUAUCUAUUUUAUCGAGCGAUUUGUCUUAUAAUGACAAUGCGUUGCAACAACGAUUAGACGCUCUGGAAUUGUUUCUCAAGGAAUAUGUGGUCGAUCAAACAUAUUUGGAAGACUUAAACGCUAACAAAUAUUCGAGCAAAAUUAGCGAGUUUUUGGGAAACUGGACUUGGAAAAGCCGAAAAAGAAAUGACUCUAGUACAAGCGACGCUACUUUACCACAAGUUUCUUCUACGGAAAAUGACUCUAGUACAAUUGACACUACUCAACCACAAGUAUCGUCUACAGACAGUCCAAAUAUUCGAGACAUCUCCAACUACCAAUUACCUAUUCCCAACUUGCAUAACGAUAAUACUUUGUUGUAG